CGGCUGGAAAGAAGACAUGCAUGGCAGAGAAAGUUUGAUUGAAAGAGGGAGGGCAAGAAUGCCAGAGAGCGAAUGAGGAGGUAGAGUGAGAGGUGGUGGAGGGGGAGCGAAAGAGAAAAGGCGGAAUGCAACAGGCUUCUUUAUUCACACAGAGAGAGACACAUCUGACUCUCGCGCUCUCGUCCAGACCUUCAGGCGGCGUUUCAGGCAUCUGUUGGAUUAUUGUGCAUCACUGGAUCACUCGCUGAGAUCAUCUUCGAUUCAGAUCAGUGCUGCCCAAAUGUUUCUAAUGGAUUUACUGAUAUUGCACACAGCUUAGAAAGAGAGUUCCCUUUAGAAAAAGAGUGACGUGAAAAGAUAGAAGUGAUCUCAACGAAAGGACCGUAAGGACAGCGUUUGGACACUGGAGGACCGCCAUCAUCAAAAUGGCGACCAAUAGGGAGAGGCCUAUGAGUCAUAUGACAGGGUUCUACCCCUUUGCCUUCAGUUCAAUGCGAAACCACUCCCCCUUCGAUCUUCUGGCCAAUGGCAGCCUAUUUGGACGAUUUGGAGCAGACCUUCCCAAAGAGAUGGCAGCUCUGUCGGUGGAAACCCAGAGCACAAGCUCAGAGGAGAUGGUUCCCAGUUCUCCUUCUCCACCCCCUCCUCCUCGGGUCUAUAAACCCUGCUUUGUGUGCCAGGACAAAUCUUCUGGCUACCAUUAUGGAGUCAGCUCUUGUGAGGGCUGCAAGGGUUUUUUCCGUCGCAGUAUCCAGAAGAACAUGGUGUACACCUGCCACAGAGACAAAAACUGCCAGAUCAACAAGGUGACAAGGAACCGCUGUCAGUACUGCCGGCUGCAGAAGUGCUUUGAGGUCGGCAUGUCUAAGGAAGGUAAAAAUCAGAGCACGGUCCGGAAUGACAGGAAUAAGAAAAAGAAGGACAUAAAAGAGGAGGUGGUUCUUCCAGAAAGCUACGAGCUGAGUGGAGAACUGGAAGAACUGGUUAAUAAAGUCAGCAAAGCGCACAGGGAAACCUUCCCUUCUCUCUGUCAGCUCGGGAAAUACACGACUAAUUCCAGUGCGGAUCACAGGGUGCAGCUGGAUCUUGGACUGUGGGAUAAGUUCAGCGAGCUCUCCACAAAGUGCAUUAUAAAGAUUGUGGAGUUUGCCAAACGUCUGCCAGGCUUUACGUCACUCACCAUCGCAGACCAGAUCACCUUACUGAAAUCUGCCUGCCUUGACAUACUGAUGUUACGGAUUUGUACUCGCUACACACCAGAGCAGGAUACUAUGACCUUUUCAGAUGGACUGACCCUCAACAGGACACAGAUGCACAACGCUGGUUUCGGGCCUCUCACAGACCUGGUGUUUGCUUUCGCUGGACAGCUCCUGCCCCUGGAGAUGGACGACACAGAGACAGGGCUCCUGAGCGCCAUCUGCCUCAUCUGCGGAGAUCGCAUGGACCUGGAGGAACCUCAUCGGGUGGACCAGCUGCAGGAACCUCUGCUCGAGGCGUUAAAGAUCUACGCUCGGCGGAGACGCCCCAACAAACCUCACAUGUUCCCACGAAUGUUGAUGAAGGUCACUGACCUCCGAGGCAUAAGCACUAAAGGAGCAGAGCGAGCCAUCACUCUAAAGAUGGAGAUCCCGGGACCCAUGCCUCCUCUGAUCAGAGAGAUGCUGGAGAACCCUGAGGUCUUUGAGGAAAGCUCUGACUCGAAAGACACGGGUGCUUCCGCCCCCCCGCCGCCUCCCGCCAUCCAGGCCAUCAAACGUGAGAGGGAUGAGGAAUCUGCUCUGGAGGAUGAAGAGGACGAGGACGACGAGUGUGCAGAGGAGGGACGGGAACGAGCAGGGGACAGCGAGGAUGAGGAAUGGGGACUCCUGCAAGUGGACAUGGGCGGAGCUAGGAAGAGCGCGACAGGAAGAGCGCAGUGACCGGCCGCUGGAGGACAGUAUGUAUGCGGCUCUGACACGUGCAGAUGACAGCGGACAACAUUUGUAUUCCAGACACCUGAUCAGUCGACUCAAACAAAACCAUUCAGUCAAGCAAUUUCCAAUAACGACUCUAAAAAUAAGCUUCGUACGACAAAGAACAUGCACAACUUUGCACAUCUCGACUUUUCCAAAGCAGCAAAAAGAGAAAACCUUAAGACCAUGCCAACGCCGUUACUUCAGACAGCGUUUCUCUAACUGAAAAGAGAGAAAUGAAAAAGAACGCAAGGCCCGAGAAAAAUAAGCCAUUGUGCCAUAUCUGGAAGUUACUUGUUGUAUGCAUAUUUUGUACUUCAUUUGGAGAUGCUAAAUAUUUCAGGACGCAUCCCAAAGCCUUGUUCUGUAAGGGAAACAUUUUUAAUGGCUGCAUAUGGAUACAUAAUCAGGACUGAUCAAUGACAAAAGAAAAAAUGAACAGCAAACAACCACACGCAGUAAAUGACCAAAUCCAAAUAGCUUCUUUCAGUGUGUUAUUAUGUUUGUUUCUGAUGACAUGCCUCUUUACGAAACACUUCAAAUGCACAGCCCGAUACAUACAACUAAAUUUGACACUUACACCAACUUUACGUUUCGGGCAUUAGAAGAUUUAUAAAUUUUAAAGAUCGAAAUGCACCACAUUAUUACAAAUCGAACUUUUCACUCAGGGCAAAUCAAGGACCAAAGGUGAUCUACGUGUCUCAUGCGUGCACUACACAUAUAUUUAACCUUCAGCUAUUCUGUAUCAUCAAGCAAGUUAUAUUAAAAGCCUAAAUGUUAAAUAUUCUCUGGGAUUUAGAAGAGUUGUGUGAUUAGUUAUUAAAAGCAAUACCACACUAUAUUAGAUAAAAAAGAAGAAGAGCUCUAGAGCGUCAGCCGAGCAUGAGCAGUGGUGUGCACUAACUCCUUUCGGUCUCUUAAUAACGAAUUAUUAAUACAUUAAUGUCUUUGCAGAUAGCGGGAAAAAUGUUCAAAUUAUUCAGCUGUGUAAUGAAAUAGUUUCACAGGUCAGAGACCCAGCCAAAAUGGACCGUGCAUUGCUUUAAUGGAUUUUCAUCAAACUAUUUAAUAAUAAUAAUAAUAACAUUAAAACUCAAAUUUUAUAACGAUUUAAUAAGAGUGAUAAGAUGAGAGUGGUCAUUCAUAUCAUUAAAAAAACUAGUUAGAGUUAUCUAAUCCAGUAAUCUAAGUAACUGAACUGGGGUUUUUUAAACUUUGAAGUGUGUUGGACCACCAUGUAUUCAUAUUUUAUAUAAAUGUGCUAAUCGUUCGGUACAGCAGCCUUUAUGUUACCGUGAAAUGGUACUGAAUGAUUGCCAGGUACUUACUUAGUAGUUAGUCUUUACAUUUUAAUCCAGAUGUGCUCAUGAAUAACGUGAUAUAACUGUGCUAACGGUUAUUUGUAGGUUCUGGACGUUUUCGAUUAGAAAGCACCCUACCAAAUUGGUUCUAUAGUGAGUUCUGUAGUCCAUGUCAUCCUUUUAUCCGUUUCGCCCUGCUAAGGUCUGUGCACGCCACUGAUGACAACGUUAUACCUCCUCACAUGACAGAACAGUGUUACCGAAACAACUCAUACGCUCCUGACUGCUGCAUAUAUAGCAAGAUAUUUGGGACAGAGCCAUAUGGUUUAAGGUUGUAAGCUGUGCGCAUGCAUACCUGUAUACUAUUCGCUUAAAACUGUAAAGAUAUCUCUUUUCUACUUUCAUCUUUCUGCAAACCGUUUUAUUUGAACGCCUCGGGAGGACAUCUCAGACUUUUUUUAUGAAAUAUUUUCAAAUAUAAGCAAACACACCAUAGGCUACACACGUUCUUUUAUUUAUUGCUUAUUUAUCCUUGUCUUGUUCGAUUUUUGUCCUGUCUGUAGCCAGCGAUGCACGUUAUGAACUGGGUUUUUGACGCUCUCAUAAUCCUCUCUCAGCGUACCGCCAUCGUAAUGAUCAGAAAGGAUGCGUGAUUACCACGGAGUGUGCUGGAUGAAUCUGCAGUGAUCAUAAAGUCUAGCAGCUUCAUGUAAAUGCACUGAUCCGGAUACGUGACAGGGUAAAUAUGGCCUGCAGAGGCAGCAGUAAACCGUGGUACUCAGUUAGCUGAUCUUUUAGAAUAUCUAUACUUCCUUUCUCAGACCAGAGACAAAGUUGCAGUUUAUGGUUUGGCAUGUACGUGCUGUGUAUGUUAUCAGCAAGAAGACAUGUCUCUGGAAAUACGAUAACAGUCCCUAGACUCUUCCAAGUCCCUUCAGCUCUGAUAAAUGUAUAAAUGUAGCAGUCCAUGGCAAAGUGUCUUUUUUUUUUUUUUUUUUUGUGAAUUAUCAGAGCAAUUGUUUUUUUUUUUUGCUUACUCUCAUUCCCCUCCGGUCUUGUAAAUGAAACAUGAGAUAUUGGAUUCAAUUAGAGACUUUUUUUUGUAUCAUUCUUAAAUAGCGUUUAUCUUUUGUGCUUGUAUUUUGCCAUUUAUUGCAGUAGAGAUCAACUUGUUCCUUAAUGAAGUUUUUUUUUUCUUUUUUUCCUGGUGGUUUGGAAUAUGUGUGUAUUACCUGUUCGUUUGUUUGCAUUAUUUGUUGAUUAAUUGGUGUCUUCUGGGUUUUAAAACAUAGGAAAAAUGGUGGCUCGUUUAAGGGUUAGAACUGCUAAGAAAAAUGCUCAGACAAGUUUGUUUUAUUGCAUAUUUUUAAAUUUGUAUUGCUCUUUUUUGUUCGUAUCUUCUUCUUUGCGUUUUAAAAAGGAUACUUAUUUUUAUUAUUAUUUUUUUAGCAAUAUGUUUUAAAUAUAACAGCAUUUAAUGUUUGUAUUUUUUUCCCCAGCCAUGCCUCGUCACCUCCCCAUUUUUAAUUUAGCAUUUUCUUGUUUCUUGGUUACGUGCCUUGCAAAAAAAAUUUAGUAAUAAUAAUAAUUGUUUCAAAUGCCUUGCACAACUUAUGGAAAUUGUUACAAUAAUUUUACUGUACAUGCAAAGUCCUUAAGUAUUAAUGGUUUUAAAUGAUGUCCACUUAAUGUCUGGCCACAUUCUUUUUUAAAAUACUUUGUUUCGAUUUUAUAAAGAAAUUUCUGUU